AUGUCGGCGUCAGGAUCCGGAGCAGCUCAUGGAGCUUCAGAGUCGGCGAGCGCAGCGAAGAAGUCAUUGCCUCGUGUUGACUUGCAUGGCAAUGACCUCCCUCCUUCACCUGCACCCUCUAGCCCUCAUCCCGGUCGCCGUUACAACAUUGCCACCGAGUUGGUCUUCACGGAAGGCAACGAUCAGUACAAUGCGAGCAGCGUCCCCAUCUAUCAGAGCGCAACCUUCAAGCAAACUUCCGGCAGUGGCGGUGGAGAGUAUGACUACACUCGAUCCGGCAAUCCUACUCGGACUCAUCUCGAGCGACACUUGGCCAAGAUCAUGUCUGCGCAGCGUGCACUUGUCGUAUCAUCUGGAAUGGCGGCGUUGGAUGUCAUCACACGGCUCCUUCGACCCGGAGACGAGGUCGUGACUGGCGAUGAUCUCUACGGUGGUUCGCAUCGUUUGCUGAAGUAUCUCUCCACAAACGGCGGCAUCAUUGUUCAUCACGUCGACACUACCAAUCCUGAGAAAGUCCUGGGAGUCUUGAACUCCAAAACAGCCAUGGUCUUGCUGGAAACGCCUACCAACCCGCUUAUCAAGAUCGUCGAUAUUCCUCAGAUUGCCACCGCUGCGCACGAAGCGAACCCGAACUGUCUCGUUUCGGUAGAUAACACCAUGAUGUCGCCACUCCUUCUGAAUCCUCUCGAGUUGGGGGCCGAUAUCGUGUAUGAGAGUGGCACCAAAUAUUUGUCUGGCCAUCAUGAUCUGAUGGCGGGUGUGAUUGCGGUGAAUGAUCUGGCUCUCGGCGAGCGUCUGUACUUCCCUAUCAACGCAUCCGGCUGCGGUUUGUCGCCAUUCGAUUCGUGGCUGCUCCUGCGCGGUGUAAAGACUUUGAAGGUGCGCAUGGACCAACAGCAGAGCAACGCUCAACAAAUUGCCGAGUUCCUCGAGUCGCAUGGCUUCAAGGUACGAUACCCCGGUCUUCGGUCGCAUCCUCAGUAUGAGCUACACAAUUCGAUGGCGCGGGGCGCCGGAGCCGUGCUCUCGUUCGAGACUGGCGAUGUGAACGUCAGUGAGCGUAUCGUUGAGAGCGCCAAGAUCUGGGCUAUCAGUGUCAGUUUCGGCUGUGUGAACAGUCUGAUCAGUAUGCCCUGCCGUAUGAGCCAUGCCAGCAUUGACGCGAAGACGCGGGCGGAACGCGCGAUGCCGGAGGAUCUCAUCCGUCUGUGUGUUGGCAUUGAGGAUGUGGAUGACUUGAUUGAAGAUCUUCAACGUGCACUUGUUGAGGCUGGAGCCGUCAAGGUCACUUUGGAUGGUAUUCACGCGGCGUCAGUUGAAUCGUCGUGA